AUGAUAAAUCUCGUGCUGGUAUUCAUGACAACUGCAUCAAGUACACAAAGUGGUUCUGGUUCAGGAUCAAAGCGAACAUGGAGGACAUAUGGUAGCCUUCGAGUGAAGGAUGAACUUCAGUUAGCUCCAGGUGGUAGUUUCACAAAGGUUAAUGGCGACAAUCUACAAGAAAUUACAGGUGGAGAGGUAGCAAUUGCAAAUCUGAAUACAUGCAAUGGUCCAGAAUUUGUGUUGCAACUUCGUUUUCCUUUGAAUCAUGACGAUGCUACUAGUACAAGAAGUCCAGGUGAUGACCUUACAUGUGACAAUGCAAAUCUUGAAGGUGAAUGA